AUGGCCUCUCACUGCCACCAUCACCAUCACGGCCACCACCACCACCACCACCAAACCACUCCUCCUCCGCCUCCUCCGAUCAGCAGCAGCAGCACCAUCACCACCACCCAAUGCUGCUGCUACCACAACCCUCCAAACACCUGUUGUUCAUCUACACUUCCCCAACACCACCUUCUACAAGCCAUAGCAUCGCUCCUCUCUCAACCCCAACCUCACCCUAUUUUUCCCUCCCAACAGCACUACACCAAAUCUAAAACUCACCACAGCCUCAACUUCCCCACCCAAAACCGCCACCUUCAACACCAAGAGCAAACCCAUUCCACCAUCUCCUCCCUCCUUCACCGCAUCGAAUCCCUCGAGUCCUCUCUCAACCACUACAGCCGUCACUCCCUCCGCCACGCCUCCGCCAGCGUCAUCCAAACCCAUUUUCGCUCCUUCCUUGUUCGCAGAUCAAGAACCCUAACCCAACUCAAACGCCUCGCUUCCAUCAAAUCCACCUUCAACGUUCUCAAAUCCUAUUUUUCCAACAAUGCCCAUGUCGAUUUCGCAGCCCUUUCUCUCAAAGCCAUGAACUUGCUCAUCGAACUCGAUUCCAUUGAGGGUUGUGAUCAUAUGAUUGUGGAUGGGAAAAGGUCGAUCAGCAGAGAUUUGGUUCGGUUUUUGGACGCAAUUGAAGAGGUUGCUUUGAAAAACCACGUGUUUUAUGUUAGAGAAGCAAAGACUGUAAAGUCUGGUAAGAAAGUUCAAAAACCAAGAAAUGCAGGUGAUGACGAAAGGUCGAAGCUGUUGCAGAAUUUGAGGGGUAGGGUUGAGAAGCUUAGUAGAUUGUGUAAGGUUUCUACUAAUGAUGAAGAAGAUUCUGAGUGUGUGGAGGGCAUUCAUGAUGAUGGGGUGACCAAUGUUUUGAUUGGUGGAAGUAAUGAGAUGUCACCAAACAAAAAUGGCGUCUUCCUUCGUAAGCAAGGAGUUCAACCUGGAGUGAAGAAGAGCGUGAGGUUUGCUGAGAAUGGGAAUAUUUAUGAGGUUUAUAGUGGGGAUGUAAGAUGCUCCGAUGGAAGUUGUUCAUCUAGUGAUGAGCAAGGAGAGGUUUUGGAAAAUGUGAGUGGUGCAGUUGAAGAUGAUGGUAUAGAUUCUUAUCUAGGUGCUGAGGAUGAUGUGGUAGUGUUGAUGGUGGGGAGUGGAGGAUCGCCGCGAAGUAGUGAUGAUGGUGAGAGGGGCAGUACAAGGGUUCUGGAAAAUGAGGGCAGAAAUGUGGGGGAAGAGCAGCUUCAUGCGAACCAAGAAAAGCUCCUGUUCUCUGCUCCUUUGCCACUGAAGAUGGAAAACAGAAGUGGUGUCAAGAAGAGUAAAGGCGUGAAAAUUUUGACGUGA